GUUCCCGCUUCCCGAUGCGAGGAAAGCAGCGUGCCCGACAGGCAGCCAGAGUGGACCUACUUUUGCCGGAAGUGCGGAGCGGCUCUCUUCCACGACCUUGAUGUGUUGCAGCAUCAGCGCGGAGGGCAGCGACAGGCCGGCUAUGGCGACUGGCGUGCCGAUCGCCUUGCUGAAGCUGCAGCUGGCACAUCCGUCGACUGCACCUCCAUGUUUGUGCAGCCCAUGAAGUGGAUGGGCGACCUGCAAGAACAGAGUGGCCGCCUCGUCUGCGGCAACGCUGCCUGCAAGCAGAAGCUCGGCGGAUUCAGCUGGCACGGCCUUCCAUGUUCCUGUGGCGAGUGGCAGAGCCCUGCAUUCCAAAUUCACUGCGCGCGCUUGGACUGCAUGCCCGCACGCCGGCGGGCCCGAGGGCCGGCGCCCGAAGCAGUCUUCACUGAGGGUACCU